AUGAGCAUCAUGAAGCUCAGUCUUCUCAUGUUUACUGUGGUGGCCUUGGCCAAUCCAAUUGCCGAACCUAUCCCUGUUGAUGGCGAGGCCGUCGCUCGAACUGUUGAUCACCUUGCCUCUCGAGCAAUAGGCGAUGCAUGCACAGUGAGCGGCAAAGGCAGUCUGAACGGACUUGCCAACGAACGGAUAGUUGCGCUGUUGUUAGUGUGCCUGGGUUUUGUCCGAACACUCCCAAUAAUGUUCAAUGCUGUCAAUUCAAACCAUGUGCUGCCCCAUAUUCGACCCGGGGUUCUUGCAGAAAUACAAAUAAAGGCUGCAAAGGAGGCAGGUUUGUAA